UGUCAAGUCUGCUUAGAUUUCUGCAUAAACACUGUUUGAAAUGGCAGGAGAUUAAUUCACCAAUGGUAAUUGCGCUCAACGGACAAGGAAAUCUAUACACUCGCAUGUGCACUUAUUAUUUAAAACGACGCGGAUAUGCCUACAGUCAUGAUUAUUACGCACCGGUGAAACGUAUUUUCUUUUCAUAUCAUAGAUUAUUCAAAAGAACAAAGGAUUUUGUCAGAUCAGUGAACACCAUAUUUACAGCCUAGUUAUUGCACAAGUAAUUAUAUACAACAGGCGGGAAUUCCGUUAAAAGUGAAAGAUGUCCAGGAAAAAGGCAGUGAAAGGCAAGGGGAGCUCCAAAAGCCCGACUGCAUCUCCGAACAAGAGCAAAGACAGCGGGAAAAGUGGUAAAGGGAUCGGAGCCGGGGCUCCAUCCAACGGAUUGGUAUAUCCGAGCCGCCCCUCACUCAGCAACAGUAGGGAGUUUUAUGAUAUCACUUUUAAGGUGAUGCUGGUGGGAGACUCAGGUGUAGGGAAGACUUGCCUGCUGGUUCGCUUCAAGGACGGAGCUUUCUUGGCUGGCAGCUUUAUUUCUACUGUGGGCAUUGACUUCAGGAAUAAAGUGUUGAACAUUGAUGCGCUGAAAGUCAAGCUGCAGAUCUGGGACACUGCUGGGCAAGAAAGGUUCCGCAGCGUCACACACGCCUACUACCGUGAUGCUCAUGCUCUCCUCUUGCUCUACGACGUCACUAACAAGGCCUCCUUUGACAACAUCAAGGCAUGGCUGACAGAGAUCCAUGAGUAUGCUCAGCAGGACGUGGUGCUAAUGCUGCUGGGCAACAAGGCUGAUGUGGCACACGAGAGAGUGGUGAAGAGAGAGGAGGGAGAGAAACUGGCCAAGGUGUUUGGGGUGCCCUUCAUGGAAACCAGUGCUAAGUCUGGCCUGAAUGUGGAGCUGGCAUUCACUGCUGUGGCCAAAGAGCUGAAGCACAGGUCGACGAAGGAGCCUGAUGAUCCAAAGUUUCAGCUUCAGGAUUAUGUCAACAAGGAGAUGAAAAGCGCUGGCUGCUGCCACUCAUAAACCUGUCUUCUCUAUGUGUGUGUGUGUGUGUGUGUGUGUGUGU